AUGACAACUUGGGCUGACAUUCAGCGUUUGGCUGCUGAUCUACAACGGGUCCAGCUGUCGCAGUCAGCAAAAAAAUUGUCUGAUGCUAACUGUAUUGAAGUUGUAACAAAACUUAUUGAAAGACAACUCAUUGAUGUUGUUUUCACGAGAGAUGGACGUUCCUACGUAACAAAAAAACAUUUGAGUACCGAAGUGAAAAACGAGUGCCUUGCUAACCGUGGACGCGCCUCACUCACUGAUAUUGCUAAAGCAUUGAAUGUCGACUUCGAUCAUAUUGACAGAGCUGUCAAAGAAAUCAUCCAAACUGAUGUUGAUUACGUGUUCAGUAAAGGAGAGCUCUUUGCUAAGGAAUAUGUUGAUAACCUUCUGAGCGAUCUUCGUGUAAUUUUGGAAGAAAACGGAUCAGAGACUUUGGAUAAUUUAUGUAAACUUUGGGACAUCUCAAUCGAUUUGCUAAACUCAUUAGUACUAAACAACUUACCAGCUGAAUUCAACGGUUUUGUUGAUGGACCAACGAUUUACACAAAGGAGUACCUGGAGGAACACAAGAAUAUUCUCCGAGCUGUUAUUGUUUCCGUUACGAAACCUACAGCUAUUUCUGCAAUCCAGAACCGGGUCCAUCUCUCUAGUAAACGAUUCUGGGCAGCGUAUGAUGAACUUGUGGAAGCAGGAGAGAUUGUUGGAAGAUUGUCCGGAUCUCGAACAUCUCCUAGUUGUACUUACAUCCCACCACUUCAUGACAAACUUGUCGAGUGUUAUUUACAAAGCAGUUAUCGUCAGGACGAGUAUAUUCAAAAAUCUUUGCUUCGCAAAGUUGGCGUGGCUGAUACUUCAGCAUCAAUCUCUCUGUUCACGACUGACAAAAAAGUUGAAAGCCUUCCAACAUUGUUUUUAUCCUGUUCUCUCUACGACCAAUGCGUGCAGACGUUAAAAGAGGCUGUCGAGAUCAACAAAGUGUGUGACGUUCAAAAUGUCGUUCAGAACAUUGGAAUUCCGUUGGAAAUUGAUGACGUUGAUGAACUAUCACAAAAACUGUCAAAGGGUGAUAAGAACAUUUCGGCGGCUGAUGGUUAUUUAUAUUCUGUAAACUUAUUGCGUGACGUUCUAACUCAAAUGGAAGAACUGAUCGAAAAGAGAGCACAUUCUGAGAUAGGAAAAAUGGAAAAUGAAAAGAAAAAUUCCGCGAAGCAGACAGCCUCGGUUGGCAGAAAAGUUGAUGAUGAUGAUGAUUGGGGAGAUAGCAAAGGCAAAGGCAAGAAAAAAGGUGGAAAGACUGGUGGUGGGGCUAAAGGAGGCAAAGGAAAAUCUCCAGACAACGAAGAUCGGGGUAGUGGUGGCGUCUUAUCCAUACCUUCCGAGACCAUUACGGAAUGGAUAACCCAGACAAAUGAUCUUCCUGAAACUCUAGUUGAAUCUGUGGCUGAACAAUUGAAUGAACAGAUUCAUGAUAAACUUAGAAAUCGAGUUAAGGAGUUGUUGUUGACUCAACAAACUGCUGAUGCUCAGUCCCAAAAAAGAAACAUUUUGGCUGUGCAAGCUAAGGCAAAGUCCCUUUAUGAUUCACUCUGUGCAUUCGAGUCUGCGUCUACUUCUUACCCAGAUCCACUCGGUUCUGAUUUGACUGCCCAUAUUGUACGAACUGUAGGAAGUGAACUAGCUGCCGCUGUUCUUACGUACGCUUCAGGAACAGAAAACGCGGGAUCUCUAUCUGAAAAGCAGAGAGAUGAGACAAUAAAGAAUUUGCCUUCUGGUUCGCAGGAAGCAUUGAAUGCUCUCUACGAAUCUUUAAAAGGCGAUUAUCAAAAUAUACAUGAUGCUAUCGAAAAGGUUUCUUCCCGAGCUGGUUGUUCCCUCUUGUUGAAACCCGCGGACCACAAGACUAUUGCUAUUUGGACUCAAGGAUACAUCCAAGAAUUGAAGGAAUCGCUAAGUACUCAGACUGAUCCUGCUUCUGUUCUUUUGACGGUUGUACUUCUUCUACUGGCCAAGGCUGGUAGACCAACUACAGCAAGUGGAAAAUUCGUGGCAAGAUUGGUCGCGGAACUAUCUGAUAUUGUGCCACAGAAAACUCAUGAAUUGCUUACUUCUUGUCAGAAAGGCGUUGUCAAUUGCAUAAAAAAUAAGGACGAUGAAGUUGCUAAGGAAUUGUUGCUUCAUGAAAUUGGUCAACUGAAGACUGUCGUCUUGGACUAA